AUGGUUCGUCUAGCUUCUUUGCUUUCAAUUUCUUGGGCCUUGGGCGUAUGGGCCUCGGUUGACCCGGGUUACGACUGUCGCCCUGGACAGAAGUGCUGGCCCACGUCAAAGGAAUGGCAACAAUUCAACAAAACCAUCGAUGGUCAUCUAUACGAGACCGUUCCAAUUGCAGCUCCUUGCUACAAAAAUUCUCCCCAUUACGACGAGAUCGCCUGCCAGGCCGUCGAGGAGUACUACGGCAACAGUAUCCCCAGAGGAACCCAUUACGGACAAACCUACUGGUUAAACUGGGAGAUCUGCCAUGACACUGGCUGUGCAUUGUUGGAAACCAAUCCCUCAGAGCUCCUCUACCGCACUUGCAGCCUGGGAAGAUUGUCUUCAUACUACGUGGAUGUGCGAGAUGCCUCGCACAUCUCUGCCGCCCUCCGCUUUGCCACCAAGCACAACAUCCGAAUCAGUGUGAAGAACACCGGCCAUGACUUCUUUGGACGGUCCUCAGUCCCCAACACCCUCGCCAUCUGGACUCACAAUCUCGAUUCCAUGAAAUUUAACUCCAAUUUCACCGCACACAACUGUCCCGCGGCCAAUGGCCAGAACGUCGGUGAACUAGGAGCCGGAGUUAUUGCAAACGAUGCAUACCAUUACUUCAGCUCCUAUGGAAUGGACAUCACGGGUGGAUAUGAACAAUCAGUCGGAUUGGCUGGUGGAUUUGGCCAAGGAGGAGGCGUUGGGUCGUUCACAACCACCUACGGCCUGAUGGCCGACAAUGCUGUCGAAUUUGAAGUGGUGACAGCAGACGGAGAGGUUCGCAUCAUCAACCAAUGCAAUGAUCCCGAGCUCUUCUGGGCGAUGCGGGGCGGAGGAGGUGGUACCUUUGCCGUACUCACCAAGUACCGCGUCCAGGUUUAUCCUUCCCUACCGAUCCACGUCUACAAAUUCGCAGCAAACUUCACGAACCUUGGUACCAAUGCCACUGAGACUCCUGCUCUGCGGGAGAUCAUGACAGCACAUGCAGAGAAUCAGCUCAACUGGUCAGCACAACUAGUGACCGGCCAGGUCGAGUACUUCCCGGAGCGAGUAUCCGUCUCCCUCGUUCUGCUUUACGGAGACGACGGCUCGAAGUUGAAGGCUGCCACCGCGUCAUUUGACCAUUUCUUGAAAAAUAGAACAGACCUCGCUGUCACCGCCACCAGCUAUGAAUCCUACGCCAACUAUGCCAGCUAUCUGACCGUCACUUCUGCCGAUGCAAAGGUCACCGAGCCAUCCGGGAUCUUCUCCAUGCUGGCAUCUCGUCUCAUUCCCCGCACGGUGUUUGGUGCUCCUGACACCAUCGCAGAACUGGUCGAUGGCGUGAUACUAGGCAUUGCAACAAUGAGAGAUCAUUUGAACACUACUGGAACUCAAAUCGUUUUGGAAACGCCAGUGUCAAACCUCGACGAAAACCAAGAAUCGUCCGCGCAUCCCGCCUGGCGGAGCACUCUCUGGCACGUCAUCCAAGUUGGAGAAUGGGUGGAACCAUUGGAAGCCGAUGAGCACGCAACUACCGCGCAGGCAUUCCUCGAUCUUCUUGAACCCCUGAAGCGGCUCAGUCCCGGUGGCGGUGCGUACUUUAACGAAGCGCAUUAUCUGGAGCCGGAUUGGGAAGAGACAUAUUGGGGUUCACACUACCCGAAACUUUUGGAGGCGAAGAACAAGUAUGAUCCGACUCACUUGUUUGAUUGUUGGAGAUGUGUUGGGUGGAGGGGCGAGAAUGAGUAA